AUGCGCUCUCACAAAGCCUUAGAGAGCGAGGAUGCGCAAGAGGCGCAAUGGGAAGCGGCACGAGGUGCGGCAAUUGGAGCUGUAAAAUGGGGAGCUGCUUCCGCUGUCUUGGGUGGUUUUGGUUAUGUGUUCUCGCCUUUGUAUCGAGGACUCACUAUUCAGUUUAAAGUAUAUCUCCAAAUGUCCGGUAUGAUCGUCGGCAGCAUGAUCGAAGCGGACUACCGAAUGCGCCAAUAUGAACAACGAGUACGCAUGCAACGUCGGAUAGCAAGUAAUCGAGCUAUCUGGGCAGACUACGAGAAGGAAUUGAUGGAGUUAGAAGAUGAACCACCGCCGUCCUCGGAACAGAAAAAGAAAUGA